AUGCUAGCCAAUCUGACUACGGUCGGUCUUGACCCGAAAAAACUGGAGCUGCUUGGCCUCAGCCUUGGUGGCAUGUCCAUGGCCUUCGUAGCCAAGAGCUUCCAACAAAUUACUGGCAGAAACAUCUCAAAGCUCACCGCUCUCGACCCUGCUGGACCCUGCGUCAGACACCUGGGACCAAAGGAUAGGUUAGACCCAUCCGAUGCCGAUUUUGUCCUACACGUCGCAACGAACCUCGGAGGAUAUGGCAUAGGCACUCCGGUCGGACACGUAUCAGUCUAUGUAAACGGAGGAGAGUACCAGCCUGGCGCCCAUCCGUAUUUAUGCGACAACUUAUGCAGUCACAUGCAAGUGUUUUUGAUAUGGAUAUCGGUCAUGGAAAACCCUGGCAAAUUCAUCAUGAUGCAAUGUGAUUCUCUACAGCACGCGAGAGACCACAGCUGUUUUGAGAGGGAACCAAUGGUAACGAACACUCUAAUAGAUCUAUAUACGGAUAGAAGCAAGCCGGUUUUGGUGAUGCAUAUGAUGUGUAGUUUAGUCACCGCAGUUGAAUAUAAUGAAACCAGUGAGGGUUAUGCACAAAAUUUCAUGCCUACAUGUCCUGGUGUAGGAAAACCGGCCGAGAUAAAACCAGAAAAUUUAAGCAAAGUAAAAAUCGCAGCUUUCGCCGGCGGUUCACUUUUACUCUCCAAGUGGACAUCUUAUAACUACCGCAACAUAAAAACCCUGGCCCUAGACCCUAACAUUGACUUCAGACGAAAGACGAUCGUGUAUUGUCCUGGAUAUUUGGAACAUACUGCGUUACCUGUUGGAAGGUUUUUGAUAUUACUGUAUAAGAGAUUAGGGUACAACGUGUUAAUUUUAGAAUAUAUAGACUUCAGCACAGACAUAUUUCCCGUUGUCCCACGCGUGAUGCGUCCUGUUGGCAAGCAUAUUGCAGGAAUGCUAGCCAACCUGACUACGGUCGGUCUCGACCCGAAAAAACUAGAACUGCUUGGCCUCAGCCUUGGUGGCGUAUCCAUGGCCUUCAUAGCCAAGAGCUUCCAACAAAUUACUGGCAGAAACAUCUCAAAGCUCAUCGCUCUCGACCCUACUGGACCCUGCGUCAGACACCUUGGACCAAAGGAUAGGUUAGACCCAUCCGAUGCCGAUUUUGUCCUACACGUCGCAACGAACGUCGGAGGAUAUGGCAUAGGCACUCCAGUUGGACAUAUAUCAGUCUACGUAAACGGAGGAGAGUACCAGACUGGUCUACUUCCAACGUUCUUGUGCGAUAAUUUAUGCAGUCACGUGCAGGUAUUUUUUAUAUGGCUCUCGGCAUUGGAAAAUCCUGGCAAGUUCAUCAUGAUGCAAUGUGAUUCUCAACAGAAAGCGAGAGACCACAACUGUUUUGAGAGGAAACCAAUGGUAACGAACACUCUAGAUCUAUAUACGGAUAGAAGCAAGCCGGGUAUUUAUUACUUGGCAACAAGUCCUACAUACCCGUAUUAUUUGGGUAAAAAAGGCUUGAAAAGGAGUGGGUCGGAAGUUUUGAAUCACAUCAGUGAUCUUAAUGCUGUUGACGUUCUGAUGGUUUGA